GCGGCCACCUCCUCACCUGUGGCGGUGGAAUAUUCCCCGAUGCCACUGGAGUGCUGAACGGGAGAUGAGCGAAGGGCCUCCAUCAGCGGGGCCCUCGGAGCGGAGAACCCCCGUGAUCCGACUUCAUGGGGCCCCGACACUCGGUUCGCCCAAGAAACAACACGGACAGCGAAGGGCAUCGGAAAUGUACUUCCGGGAACCAGAGUACUUGGCGCCUCCGAGGUCUACUGUUUCAACGCCACCGCCGGGACGAAAGAGGUCCGCGUCGCUGCCGCACGUAAGAAGCCCAUCACCAGUGCCACCGCCAUUAUCCAGAAGAGGAGCUCGCGAGGAAGAUAUUCCGAAGGAAGAAAGUACAAUGAGCAAGUUACAGGAGGAGGAGGGAGAACAACGCACUGACCGAAGGACGCGUUGCAGGCGCGGACGACCAUCGCUCGACCUGUCUUCCUGUAGCGGUCACAUCACCCUGGGAAGUCACUUGGACUCUGAGAUCGCCCGUCGUCGACACUCAGUGGCGGGAAAAGUUGCACCACGAGACUCUUGGCUUCAAGAAGAAACAUCCAGUGAGGAAGAUCUCGCCAAUGCGGUCGACAAGCUCAACCUACGUGGCGGCACAGCGUCCGGCGGAAAGUGAAGACCCUGGGUCCAUCCAUUUUUGUCGUUCACGUGGUCAAUGUUGACUCGGAAUCGUUGGAUACAUAUCGUACGGAUGGCUAUUUUUACAGAGAAUGUCGUUGAACGAGCUUGUUGUAGGGCCACGUCCGUCUCGUUGUUGGUCGUCUCCGUGGUUGCCGUCGUACAGAAGACAAGGCGCCCCUGGUGGCGAGCUUUUUCUACCCGGAACUAUAGAACUAUACGGGCGGAACAGUCCUCUUUUUUUGUGGCAAUCACAAAAAAAGGCGCGAGGGAUACAAUUGGACAGACUGUGGUCUACUUCUGUUGUCUAUAUCGUUGUUGAGGUGUUUUGCUCCCUCCGGGAAUACAAAGUACAUAAUGGGGUACAUAUUUUUGAUAAAUCAAAGUAGGAAACAAAUUUCCAAUUAAAUUACUGGCGGAGCAAUAACUAACAAAUGACUUUUUUGUCCUCACCUUUGGUUUGUCAAUUCGAAAGAGUGAUCCCCCUUGUCAAGCUGUCGAGAGGAUCUCUCCCUGAGCAACACCAUCCGAAAAAGCCUCCUCUACGAGAAUUUCCGGCUAAAAUCGGCUACUAUCGGAUGGACACCCUCCCCCUUCAUGACUUCACACUAACUAGAGCUGUUCUAGAGGGUGUUGUUUCCACUUGUUCUUUGCUUAUAGUGCCACUCCGGAAUAAAUCUCGUGUCUUCCGAAUUUUGCCACGUGGAGGUAACCUGAAAUUAAUUUGUAAUUUUCACAAGCACGACAGUGUGACGUAAAGGCCAGCGUGGUCUGCCUCCCGCCUAGGGACAUCGUUUCUCCCGUGUUGCCUUCAGUCUACUCAUCAGAGCUGCUUCAACGUGGGCCGGAGAUACAGGGAUCGGAAAGGUGUCAGCGCGAUCUCUUAUAGGAGGCCAACUCUUGCACGCGCAACGAUGUCACUUACCACGUAUUCACACGAGCGACAUUACUACGGAAUAUUCUAGUGGAAGGAUAAACAAAAACUGCUCGCGGGUCGGAAGUUCUGUCGCGUCUUAUGGCAUUCACACGGCACCGGAAUGUCGGGUGACGCGUUUUCAAGCGUACUUAGCAGACGACGGCCCUGUCGUCUGCUACGAAAUAUCUUGUGGCACUUUUUUUAGUCUGGAGUGGCAGUUUAAUAGAGAAGAGGAAAAUAGUGCAACGAAAGGUACGAGGACAAAAAAGGCGAAACUGUUUUCGUUGCACCAUUUAACCUGACCGACGCGCCCGUUUAUCUUCGUCGUAUACACAUCCCUCCCCUACUGUACAUGUUUGUAAAACAGCAGUGGACUAUUUCGUGUAAUAAAAAGUUGCGUCUGUCAGAAAGUGGU